AUGGACUCUUCAAACUCUUGGUUUGAUGUCUCGAAAGUCCAGAGUCUAAAUUUCGAUCUGCAAAACAGCUCUUGUUCUAGAAACAAUGACCUCUCAAAUUACUCAAUGGAAGGUGAGUAUAAAACACUAGCAACAGACGACCUGAGCAAUAUCUUGAAUUUAAACUAUGGAGAAACAAAUGAUAUAAUUAUGAAUGAGAUAAAAGACCUCAAUCUUCCGCUAGGACCGCUUUCUGAUGAGAACUCCGUUAAAGUUUCUAGCUUUCCCGAAUUAACUGUAAACGAUUGGCAAAACGUAAAUUUUGGUUUGGGGAAUAGUGCUAAAGAAGCUAGCCCUAACACGGCUAGUUUAAUAACUGAAAGCAGGCCCAACCAGGACGUUGUUAUGUCUAAGGAUCCAAAGAGGAUGGCAUUCACAUUGGAUAACAUGAAAAAAAGUGAAUCUGAAAAGGGCUUCGAUAGAAACCUUGGUGAGCUACUGCUUCAACAACAGGAAGAACUACGUCAGGAGCUAAGGGCACAGCAAGAAGCCAACAGGAAAUUAGAAGUAAAACUAAAAGAAACACAAUAUAAGCAACAACAAUUACAGGCUACUUUAGAGAAUGCUGAUAGCCAACAGUUUUUGUCCCCAAAAAGAAGUACUAUACCUGCUUCCGAGAACGUGGAGGACGUAUACGCGAAUAGCCUUUCGCCAAUGAUUUCUCCACCAAUGUCAAACACUUCGUUCACCGGAUCACCUUCUAGGAGAACUAAUAGGGCAAAGUUUUCUCUAGGAAGAAAAAACUCUACCGGAACAGCAGGUCCAUUAAGUUUUCAAGAAUUGAAUGAAGAUUUUAAUGGAGUACUUAUUUCACCUAAGAGGACUCGUCCAAAUCCAAAUGGAAGUUCGAACUUAAAACCCAAAUUUAUCGCACCAUUUACUCCGAAGAGUAGAGUUAGUUCAGCUACUUCCAAUUCUGCGAGCAUCACGCCAAAUAACUUGAGGCUAGACUUUAAGAUUUCUACUGGAGAACACGAUAACGAAGAUUCGGAUCAACCCUUGGGGCUAGGUAUAGAAAUUCUUGGAAAGUCAGGCUCUUCUCCAACCAAAGGAAUGUCUGUAAAGGCCCCUCCAAUAGACGUUAUGCCCACAAUCCCUGGGUCCGUUAAUAAUACUCCAUCAGGCAAUAAAAUAGCCAUUCCCUCCAACUACAUUGACCAAUAUACCCCGAGAGGAAAACAGCUACAUUUUAGUUCAAUCAAUGAAAAUUCUUUGGGUAUUACCUCUGUGACGCCGCAACUAAAGCCUCCGAGUCAGCAAAUGAUUGGACGUCGGGAAAGUGUUUUCAAUGAGUUGAACCCCAAUUUAGUCUUUAAAAAUAUUGAUAAUGAGGGCAAUAGCGAAGAAAAUGAGCCGGAAAGUAGAUUUGUUAUAUCUGAAACACCUUCUCCAAUUUUGAAGUCACAGGGUAGAUACGAAGGAAGAUCCCCUCAAUUUGGUGCUCAUGCAAAGGAAAAUGACACGUAUAUCGGUAAUAGCCCUUCAAAAAUCACAAGGAAACUUACUACUCUUCCCCGAGGUUCUAUUGAUAGGUAUGUGAAGGAAAUGCCAGACAAGUCAUUUGAGUGUUUGUAUCCUGGAUGUGCAAAAACAUUCAAGAGAAGAUAUAAUAUAAGAUCUCACAUUCAAACACAUUUAGAGGAUCGACCUUACUCCUGUGAUAAUCCUGGAUGCGAUAAGGCAUUUGUGAGAAAUCAUGAUUUGAUAAGACAUAAAAAAUCACAUCAAGAAAAGGCAUACGCAUGCCCUUGCGGUAAGAAAUUCAACAGGGAAGAUGCCUUGGUUGUACACAGAAGCAGGAUGAUUUGUAGCGGCGGCAAGAAAUAUGAAAAUGUGGUGAUCAAAAGGUCCCCAAGGAAAAGGGGAAGACCAAGAAAGGACGGAUCAUCGAGUGUUUCUAAUAGUCCAAUCAAAGAGAGCCUUAACCGGGAUCACAACGGGCAAUUGAUGUUCAAACUUGAAGAUCAACUGAGAAAAGAGCGUAGCUACGAUGAGAAUGGAACGGGAAUUAUUGUUUCGCCAAUGAGAGUCAAUCAAAGGUAA